AUGUCUGAAAGUCUCGUCACCAACGGCGCUACCAGGCCCGUCACUCCCAAAAUGAAUGGAUUGGCCUUGACCGAAUACACCGCCGCUCCAACGCCUCCCUGCGAGCGCAACCCCCAUUUCCCUGGUCUGCCCCCGAACUGGGGAAUCCCAGAGUCAUGCUUGUUGCCUACAGGAUACCCGGAUUACCUCCGACUGAUCUUAACCUCCCGCGUUUACGAUGUUAUCGACGAAACCCCUCUGCACCACGCCGUCAACUUGAGUAACCGAUUGGAGAGCCGAGUCCUCCUCAAGCGUGAGGAUCUGCUGCCAGUGUUCAGCUUUAAGCUUCGUGGCGCUUACAACAAAAUGGCUCACUUGAACCCCGAGCAACGUUGGAAAGGUGUGAUUGCUUGCUCGGCGGGAAACCACGCCCAGGGUGUCGCCUAUUCGGCCCGUAAGCUCAGAAUCCCUGCAACUAUUGUCAUGCCCUCAGGAACUCCUGCUAUAAAGCACCGCAAUGUUGCCCGCCUCGGAGGCAGUGUGGUUCUGCAUGGAAACGAUUUCGAUGCCGCUAAGGACGAGGCUCACCGACUGGAGAAGCAGCACGGUCUGACCAACAUCCCACCUUUCGAUGAUCCUUAUGUGAUUGCUGGUCAGGGUACAAUUGGUAUGGAACUGCUGCGCCAGGCGAACCUGGAGAAGUUGGAAGCCGUUUUCUGCGGUGUUGGUGGAGGCGGUCUGAUUGCCGGUAUUGGUGUAUACUUGAAGCGCAUUGCCCCACAUGUCAAGGUCAUCGGUGUUGAGGCUUAUGAUGCCAAUGCUAUGGCUCAGUCAUUGGAUGAGGGCACGCGUGUCUUCUUGAAGGAGGUUGGUCUUUUUGCCGACGGCGCUGCUGUGAAGUCAGUCGGCGAAGAAACAUGGCGUGUGGCUCGUGACGUGAUUGAUGAGAUUGUUCAGGUCUCCACCGACGAGAUCUGCGCUGCUAUCAAGGAUGCAUUUGAGGACACCAGAUCGGUCAUUGAGCCUGCUGGUGCCCUGUCUCUCGCGGGUCUGAAGAAAUACGUUGCCAAUAACCCCAACCCCGACACUGGCCGUGAGCUGAUCGCCAUCACUUCCGGUGCUAACAUGGAUUUUGAUCGUCUGCGCUUCGUGGCUGAACGGGCUGCGCUCGGGGAGAAGAAGGAGGCUUUGUUGAGUGUCAAGAUUCCCGAGCAGCCAGGUGCUUUCAUCAAGCUUAUCGAGGCGAUCCUCCCCCACGCCGUGACUGCUUUCAGCUAUAGAUAUGCCCAAGACGACUAUGCGGAUGUUCUUAUGGGUAUCUCGCUGUCUGCGGUUACAGGCCGUGAAGAUUUGGCAAAGAUCAUGGAGGAUCUUGAGAAGUCAGGAAUGGCUGCUCGCGACUUGAGCGAUGACGAGCUCGCCAAGCGCCAUGUCCGCUUCCUUGUUGGAGGUCGUUCAAAUGUGGCGGAUGAGCGACUGUUCAUGUUCGAAUUCCCUGAGCGACCGGGUGCCCUCGCUAAGUUCCUGACCACUCUUCGACCGAACCAGAAUAUCUCUCUUUUCCACUACCGCAACUACGGGGGUGAUGUGGGUAAGGUCCUGGCUGGAAUCCAGUGUCCAUCUGGGGAGAAAGAUGACCUCGAGUCAUUCCUCCGGGAUUUGGGUUACCCGUUCAGCGAGCAGACUGAUUCCCCUACCUACCAAACUUUCCUGCGUUAG